UCAUCACCUCCCUCUCCUCCCUCUGUCGCCGUUCAUGGUGGUGUCUGCCCUAACUUUGAUGGUCGAUGGACCUUCUUGCGCCGGAUAAGGAGGAGAACAUUGAACAUGACUCGUCGGAUUAUUGCGUCUCCCGAGUUCGACUCGUCGAUGCUCCUGUACUCUUAUUUGUUUGCUUCCACAAAGCUCUUCGCGGAGAACUCAACGAGCUUCGGAGCUUGGCGGAAACGUCAUCGCUGGAGAAUGCAUCACACAACCCGGAGCUUAUUGUUAAACUUCAACGGAGAUUCGAGUUUCUCAAACUAGUUCUUAAGUAUCAUUGCGUCGCGGAAGACGAGGUUAUCUUCCCUGCAUUGGAUGUACAUGUAAAAAAUGUAGUAAGUACUUAUUCCCUUGAACAUAACAACAUCGAUGAAGCCUUCAACUCAAUCUUUCACUAUUUAGAUGAUUUGAUGGAUCCAAAUGAGAAUAUUUCCAACCUGUUUCAAGAACUUAUAUGCUGCAUUGGAAUCUUGCAAGCCACCACAUUCCAGCAUAUGCAGAAGGAAGAAGAGCAGGUUUUUCCUCUCUUGAUACAGAAAGUUUCUAUCGAGGAACAGGCUUUGCUGGUCUGGCAAUUCAUGUGCAGUGUUCCUGUAGUGUUACUGCAGGAAGUUUUGCCAUGGAUGGUAUCAUUCCUUUCUGCAGACAAACAAGCAGAAGUUCGGAAGUUUUUAAAUGAAAUUACGCCAAUGGAGAAAGAACUGCAAGAGGUUUUCAUUGCUUGGCUUGGUAGCAACACCCAAAUCUUCACCGAGGACUGUUAUCUGAAUGGAGUUAUUCAAUGUGCUGAUGGAUUCCUGGAUAUGAAAAGACCACGCGGGUUGAGUUAUUGCAAUACGAAUUUUAAAGCCAUUUCAAAUCAGAUGAAAGCAAAUUGCUCAGACGUAGAAGAUAGGGCCAAUCAAGUUAAUGUUCUUCAUAUUUGGCAUAAUGCCAUCAAGAAAGAUAUGAAAGACAUGUUAGAAGAACUUCAUCAAAUCAGAAACAACGCUUAUCUUCAUAAUUUGGAUUCGUUACUCAUCCAAUUAAAAUUCUUCGCCGACGUUCUCACCUUCUACAGCAAUGCUCAGAAGAAAUUCUUUUACUCAGUUUUGAGUGAACUUGCUUAUGGUUGGUUGACCAAGUCUAGCGAACAAUUUCUUGGUGAAAGUCAUAUUGAAGAUUUACAGCAGUUGUUAUUGUAUAAUGCUGAAAGCGGCAUGCCUUUGUCUGAAUUCGUGGAGAAGCUUUGCAGAGAGCUUGAACUAUUUAUGACACGAGUCAGCAAACAAUUUGCUUUUCAAGAAACUCAGGUCUUUCCUAUCAUUCGCUUGAAUCUCAACAACGAAAUGCUAGAGGAACUCAUUAGCUUGAGCCUGCACAUGAUGCCACUUGGGUUGCUGAAGUGCGUGAUAACUUGGUUCUCAGGUCACUUGUCUGAAAAUGAAUCUAGGUCCAUUCUCAGUGCCAUAAAACAAGGAAAUCCUUUUGUCCAUGAAGCUUUUGCAUCACUGGUACAUGAGUGGUUCCGUGUUGGUAAUUCAGGUAAAACUUCUAUUGAAAAAUUCCGACAAGACUUGCGACAUAUUUUCAAAAGCAAAAACUCUCUGUUAACUGAGCAAGUUAAGGAAGCUGCCGGGUUUUCGUUCUUAAAUUAUGACAAGCCUCGUAAAGGAUCUAUUGGUAAAAAUGGUUUGUCUAGUUCAUCAUCUUCUGGAUUCAACAAUGGGACUAGAUAUGAGACACCAUACUCUAUGGGACUUAAUACGCAUAUAUUAUUCCCUGCCACAGCUAUGAAGUUAAAUCACCGUCCUAGAUUUCAGGCAGCUGAUAGUCCUUCUGUUCCCUUUCUUGAUGAUACAAAACCCAUUGACCUUAUAUUUUUCUUUCACAAGGCUAUCAAGAAUGAUUUGGAUUACCUUGUUCGUGGAUCAGCUCAGAUAGAAAACAAUGUUGAAAUGCUUGUGAAUUUCAGCAAAAGAUUCCAUCUAAUAUGCUUUCUUCAUCGAAUCCAUAGUGAGACAGAGGAUGAGAUAGCAUUCCCAGCCUUAGAGGCAAUGAGUAAAGUGAAAAACAUUAGCCUCUCUUACACGAUUGAUCACAAAUUUGAAGUCGAACACUUCGACAAAAUAUCCUGUAUCCUUGAUAAGAUGUUCGAUCUACAUUUUUCCGUUUCUAGUUCUGAAACAAAUACAUGGGAGCAAAGAAUGCUAACGCAUCAUCAACAGUGCAGAAAGCUGCAGGAAAUGUGCAAAUCAAUGCAUAAACUACUUUCUGACCAUAUGAAUCGUGAAGAAAUUGAAAUUUGGCAUUUAAUUAGAGAAUUCUUCUCCAAUAAGGGGCAAAUAAAAAUCAUAGGGUGCAUUCUUGGAAGAAUUAGAGCAGAAAUAUUACAAGAUAUGAUACCCUGGUUAAUGGCAUCUUUAACACCAGAGGAACAGCAUGUUUUAAUGUUCUUAUGGUCCACGAUUGCCAAAAAUACAAUGUUUGAUGAAUGGCUAGCUGAGUGGUGGGAUGGGUACAGGAUAGCAAAGGAGGUACAGAGAUCAAAUGAUCCUCCUCUGCGGACUGUUGAGCCGUUGGAGAUCAUAUCUAAAUAUUUAUCUAAAGAAGUUCUCAAUGAGCUCCAAGGAGAAUCCGCUUCCAACAAAAGCAAAUUUUCCUCACAGACGGAUCAUAUUGGUGAUAAUAAUGAGCAGUCUCACUAUUGCAAUCGUCAUGGCAAAUCCCAGGUUCGUAAAGCUAAGAAGAUUAGUAGUGAAUGUUCAGAAUGCAGAAAUCAAUUGAGUGAUAACAACAAACAAACAUGCACUCAAGUAACAGAUAUCACAAGUUGGAUGGAUGAUAAAGGUCAGUCUUUUCAAUUCUGUGAAAACUCUGGGGACUAUGACCAUCUUAUGAAAAUAAGUCCAGAUGAUCUGGAGAGGGCCAUAAGAAGGGUAUCUCGUGACUCUUCCUUAGAUCUGCAAAAGAAGUCAUAUAUAAUCCAGAAUCUGCUGCUGAGCCGUUGGAUUGUUAGACAGCAUAUCUCUUGUUCAGAAGGCACUGUCACAAACAAUGGGCAGGAGGUUCCUGGGCAGAAUCCGUCUUAUAGGGACCCACUAAAAUUGGUCUAUGGCUGCAAACACUACAAGAGAAGCUGUAAGCUUUUACCUUCCUGCUGCAACCAACUUUAUACAUGCAUACAUUGCCAUAAUGAUGCAUCAGAUCAUUUAACCGAUAGGAAAUCCAUUACAAAGAUGAUGUGCAUGAAGUGCUUGAAGAUUCAACCAAUCGGUGCCGCUUGUUCAACUGUAUCUUGCGGUAACUUACCCAUGGCAAAGUACUACUGCAAGAUCUGUAGAUUGUUUGAUGAUGAAAGGGAAAUUUACCACUGUCCCUAUUGUAACCUGUGCCGAGUUGGGAAGGGCUUGGGCUUAGACUACUUUCAUUGUAUGAAUUGCAAUGCUUGUAUGUCUCGCUCCCUUACAGUACAUAUAUGCAGAGAGAAAUCUUUAGAGGACAACUGCCCAAUUUGUCAUGAAUACAUUUUUACGUCCUGCUCUCCAGUAAAGGCCCUUCCAUGUGGUCAUGUCAUGCACUCAACAUGUUUUCAGGAGUAUACCUACUUCAAUUAUACCUGCCCAAUAUGUUGCAAGUCACUUGGAGACAUGCAGGUAUAUUUUAGGAUGUUAGAUGCGUUAUUGGCUGAAGAGAAAGUCCCCGACGAGCAUCUGGGUCAAACUCAGAUGAUACUAUGCAAUGACUGUGAAAAGAAAGGAACCGCUCCCUUCCACUGGCUUUACCACAAAUGUUCUUCUUGUGGGUCCUACAACACCAGAGUCAUAUGACUCUUCCAUUAACAGGAAUAAUUGCUCCUCUCCAGCAGCCCCUUUAUCCUGGAUGUCAGACUGUACGUGCGACACGAUGUUUGCCUCUAGGGUUUGUGCCAAUAAUUAGUCUUUUUUGUAAGAAUAAUUAUCUUGUUGCCUUUGAACUAGAAUAUUAUGUUCUUCUCUUCCUCUGCAAAAUAUUAUGAACAGUUGCGCAUCGUCAGUCUGAAAAAACCAAGAAAUUCUAAACCUCAUGGGCUAUUUUCUUCUGUUAGAUAUUUAUUUUAUGUUC